AAUGAGUUUAUCUUAUCAAAAAAACCAAUGAGUUUAUGAUCAGACAGACCCUCUUACAUUCAUUCAACCAGCUCAUUACAAAAUUUUCCAUUUCUAAUAAUUAUUUCUCUCAUUCUUUUGCAAAUUCCAACUCCAAUGGCUGAUCCAGCUCUUCAUCCAGAAACCCAACCCCUGAAACAAAUCGCCAUAGACUACACCCCAGAAGCUUGCACACAUUGCCCCAACUCCAACACCAUCACCCUCACCUUCGACCACCGCGGUGGCGCCAGGUGGCGCACCACCACUCGCUUCCUCUACGGCACCUUCAGCGCCCUCAUUCAGUGUCCUACAGGGAACACCGAUGGCCUCAACUUCAACCUCUACCUCUCCUCCUUAGAGGGUGACAAGUCACAGGACGAGAUCGACUUCGAGUUCUUAGGCAAAGACAAGACCAUUGUCCAAACUAACUAUUACACCACUGGGACUGGCAACAGAGAGAGCAUUCACCAACUGGGUUUUGAUUGCUCUGAUGGGUUCCAUGAGUAUGUCAUCAAGUGGGGUCCUGGUGAGAUCGUGUGGCUGAUUGAUGGGAAGGUUGUGAGGAAGGUGGAGAGGAAAGAGGGUGAGGAUUUUCCUGAGAAGCCUAUGUUUUUGUAUUCUUCGGUUUGGGAUGCUAGCUAUAUUGAUGAGGGAAGGUGGACUGGGAAGUCUGUGGGUUGUGAUGCACCUUAUGUUUGUGUUUAUAAGGAUAUUCAUGUGCCAACAGGGACUGCUUUGGAGUGUUCUUGUGAUUCCUGAUCUGGGUUUUUGAUUUGGGGGUGUUUGAGAAUUUUAAUAAAUGUUUGGUUUUUUUUUUUUAUUGAUGUGUUGGUUAGCUGAUCUUUGGGUUGUUGAUGAUGUUGAUUGCUCUUAUGUUUGCAACUUGUGUUUCAAAGGAUUAAAGAAUUAGCUAAACAUGGAUGAAUCAAAAGUGAUGAAUUGGUUUAAUUACUAUGCAAGUAUAGUUAUUUGUAUGUUAUUCUGAAUUUUAUUGUAAUAGUAAUGCUGUAUGAGAUUCUAUUUCAUUUUGAGGUGGUUUUCUGUGGAAUAAUGCAGCUUGGAUA